AGACACUCCAAAGCAAACCGUCAAAAUUCACAUGCGCGCGUAAAAGAACAAGAAUCCAGAGCGAAAAUUGUACCACCCAAACACCGCUUAAUCGCGAUUUUUAUUUUGAACGCGACGGUCCUUCUUUUUUCGUGCUUUUGUGAAUGAAACAUUUUUACUGCUUGUGAAAUGGUAAAUGAUUGAAAAGUGAGCGUGAGCCAAUGUCCUUUACCCGGAAAUCGGAAACAACGACGAUGGAUUCGGACGAGGAUGACGAAAGUUUAGACCAGGAUUGGGAUACCCUCCAGACGAUAACAAAAUUCGAUGGUGUUCGAUCCAAGGAUGAACUAACGUCGUUAACCCGUGCCUCAACGAGACUGAUGGACAAUGGCCUCCAAAGUCGUAUUGCUGCCAAAGCAAGUACACCGGUAUCUUUGCUGGUGGAGAGCUUGGUCCAGCAGCUAUGUGCCCUCUUGGAAGCGGAUCCGGAACGAUCCAAGGAACUCUAUGAAACGAUCUGCGAGCGACUUCAUGCGGUUAAUCUGAUCGACGAAACCUACUCAAUGGGGGAAUUUGAGAUGAUGCGCAGUCAGUACCAGAAAGCACUGUAUCAGUUAGUCAGCAUUGCCCGAGGACAAAAUCUGCCGGUUCCAUCCUUGGAGAAUAUUUGGCCCCUGCAGCCGGCGCUUGGAUUGGAAUGGUCUCGCUAUCACCGAGAAUUUACCGAGAUGGAUUUCAUUGCCGGAGGAGGGUUUGGAAAGGUGUUCAAAGCUCGGAACAAUCUGGACGGAAUUGUGUAUGCUGUGAAGAAAAUCACAAUCAGAUCGACCACUAUCAAGAACGUUUUGGUGCAUCUGGCAGAGGUCAAAACCUUGGCCAGUUUGAACCAUAUCAACAUAGUUCCUUACAAAGCGGCUUGGCUUGAACCGCUUUUGGCAAAUGGAGAAUCGGGAAGUGGUUCGAAUGGUAGUGGAACCGGCAUUUCGACCAUUGAUGAUGACGAUGAGGAGGAUGAAGAUGACGAUGAUAACGACGAGGAAGAAGAAGAUGAGCGGAUUUCUAAUGGAGUAUCUUUCAGUUACGUUUCUGGAUAUCAGUCUCGAAAACGAAAAUCAACGUUGAACGAUUCACUCAAACUACAAGAUGACACAGAUGACUUCAGCAUUCAAUUCGAGGACAGCAAUGGAGACAGGACAGACGAAAAUAAUCAACAGUUAGCCGAAUUGGAGGACGCUCGAGGAAGUCUCAUAAAUUUAGAGGAAUCACAACCCCACGUGAAGCUGAAAUGGGCAACUCUCUACAUUCAGAUGACUCUUUGUCACCUCACUCUUCGCGAAUGGUUGGACGAUCGCAAUCGUUUCCCUUGCUUCGAAGAGUUUUACCACAAUUUCCUACGCUGUCCACGAAGAGAUUGCACUACUACUGCCAAUCCGAGAAACUCCUUCUGCCGUCAAACAUCAAAACUCAGCUCUGGAAGUAGUUCUGGAGAUUCUGGCCCUUUGAUUGAACCUAAAAGUAGUAUGCCAAGUCCUCCACAGGAUGAUAAAUCUGCCAAUCACACGCCACAGCACUUGGACGUAAUAACGGAUGUUCUUCAACAACUGCUCAAUGGCCUAACCUACAUCCACUCGCGAGGAAUCGUCCACCACGACAUCAAGCCGAGCAACAUUUUCGUUAGCGUCAGUGACCACGACAAAGCGAUCUCCAUUCAGUUGGGUGAUUUUGGCCUAGCCUGUCCCCUCCAGAGCUCCCAUACAGGGGCUGGAUUUGGGACACCACUCUACGCCGCACCAGAACAACUGGAAGGCAAAUGCGAUCCGAAGUCGGACAUCUAUAGCAUGGGUAUUAUACUCUUGGAACUACUUAUUCCUUUAGAAACCGAUAUGGAGCGCGCUGAUUUGAUCAAGCAGGUUCGCAAACAGCAGUUCCCGAAAGAUCUCGACCGGGAAUACGUUGAGUUGCUCAAGAGCCUUCUCAGUACCCGUCCCUGUCGCCGUCCCGAUACCUUUGCCCUGACGGAAGCCGUCAAUUGCAUGAAGCUCAACCGGGACAAAGUCAUCUCUCAGUUGAAAAAGAACCUUUCCAUCCAAGAGGAGGAAAUUCAAGCACUCAAGAAUACCAUCGACGAAAAGAAUCGUCGCCAGGAGGAAUCCCAGGAAGAACUUUCUCUGCUGGAGUUGCGAACAAGCGAAUCGCUGAUCCUAAAGGACCAAGAGCUGAGAACUAAAGAUCAGGAGAUUCAUCGGCUGAAGGAACUGCUUAAAAGUUAUCAGGAAAAGGACACCGGUGGAGAUGGCGAUGGAAAGAAACAGUUGUGAGUUGGAAACGUGACGUCUGUGCGUGAACUUUGUUUUUUUUUAUAUCAUGUUCACUUAUGAUCAUUUCAUUGACUUGAUUGCGUACGAGUGAUUCCCCGGCUGUAGCAGAAAUAGGUACUAUUUGAACAAUUCUUAGAAUUAAGUACAUUUUGUAGGAUAUUUAUUACGGAAAUAAAAAGCAGUUUGCUUCUACAGUUACAAACUUAAA